ACCGUCGUCGUUCCAACGCUAUAGGAGAGGCUGAAUCCCAGAAAUCCCUUUUCUCUCUCCUCCCUUCCUCCCUUCUUUGUCCCCCACUUUCUCUCUCUCUCCUCCCUAAAAUCACAACAAAACUCAGAAAAAAUCCAAAAUUUCUGCAACAAAAAACCCUCUGCCACAAAUUAACUAACACCAAUCUCAUCUUUCUCUCUGAUUUUUUUUCCUUUUCUAAUUUGUCCUUAUUAAUUAUUAUUCAUAUUUAUGGUAAUUAAUUUCACCUGCUUAAUCUAUCUGAACUUUGCAAAAUCUGAAACUACCCUUUGAUUUUAUUCCUUAUUUUCUGAAGUGGGUUUUUAUUUUUCUUUCUUUCUCUUCUUUUUGUACGUCAAAAGUCCCAGAUUUUGACUUCUUUGUUUUCAGGCAAUUUAUGGUUUCAAUUUGAGUUCUUUUGGUCAAAAGUGACUUCAUGAUUGUAACGGUCUAAUUAACUAAUCUUUCUGAAAAAAACCCAAUUUGGGAUUUGUGAAUUUUGAUUUCAUUUCCAGAAAAAAGGUGUCAUCUUUCAUAUUUUGGUGCCUCAAUUUAUGCCAAGUUCUAAAUUUUUUUCUGUCUAUUCGAUAUGUACCACGCCAAAAAGUUCUCCACAGUGAGCUUGGUGCCACAUAAAACACAAGGCAGUGAGCCUGUAGCAAAUGCUGGUGUGAUGGGAAGUCCUUCCAUGAAAAGCUCAACUCCUCCUGGCGGAGGUGGGAAACAACGGCUAAGAUGGACUGAAGAUCUUCACAACCGUUUUGUUGAUGCCAUCACUCAGCUUGGAGGACCAGAUAGGGCAACUCCAAAAGGAGUUCUAAGAGUGAUGGGUGUGCCUGGACUUACCAUCUACCAUGUGAAAAGUCAUUUACAGAAGUAUCGCCUUGCCAAGUAUCUGCCAGAGUCGCCCAGUGAUGGUACAGGUUCCAAGGAUGAAAAGAAAGCUUCUAUAGAUGGCCUAACAAACACAGAUUCUUCUCAAGGAUUACAGAUUAACGAGGCCCUGAAAAUGCAAAUGGAGGUCCAGAAACGUCUUCAUGAGCAGCUUGAGGUGCAAAGGCAGUUACAAAUGCGAAUUGAAGCUCAGGGGAAGUAUCUACAGAAAAUCAUAGAGGAGCAGCAGAAAUUGGGCAGUGUCCUUAAAGCUUCUGAAACGCUUCCGUCAUCCAGCAAUCAAGAAGAGGAGCGAGAAAAGUCACCAGACACUCAGCCAGUUAGGGAAGCUUCCCCAGGUCCCACAUCUCCUCGGAAGAAGCAGAAGUUGGAUGAUUGCUCAACAAGCAACGUCGAUACUUUGUCGGUUCCUUUAGAGAAUAGCCCGAAGAAGGCUUUCCUUGACCAGUGGGAUCGAAAUUUGUAUGGCUGCUCUGCUGGGUUUGCACUUGACUUUGAAACAGAAUUCAAGAAGCAGGAAAACAGCGAACAUGAGCAAAGAAUUUCAUCAGAUCUGGAUUUUCCAGCUGAUUUGAUGUAAAUUAUAAUACCUUUGAAGUUGAAGUGUCAUAUAUGGAGCUGAAACUUUUUAACUCAGACCAUUCCCUGAAGACUACCAGCUGAUCUCAAUGGGUGUUCUCUGAAAAUUUUAGAUCAAGAAACUAUUCUAGUUGCUGGCUGAAAUUUGGAAUGUACAGCUGAGAAUAUGCACAAAUUCAAGUGAGUUGUCAAACAAUCCAACCCCUAAUGGUGGUAUUUUAGAAAGGUAUGAUGGCUUUUUACGUGGUCGUGGAGGUACGUGUUUGCUGGAAUACUUCAGACGAUUAUGGUGGCGAAUAUCUUAGUGGUGCUAUAAAUGACUAGUUGUAUGUUGCAUAGUUGUAGUGGUUUAGAAUUGAGAUGAAGAGAAUAUGGUGUGCAAAUUCACAGGGAUAAGGUACUGAAGCUACAUACAUAUCUUGUACAAGUGCCUCAAAUGUUUUGUGGUUAGAUUAUUGUGAUGGUGGGUAAAUAAUUUGGAUUGGUGCUUCAAGUGACUAGUGUUUUGUUGGAUAAUUGUGGUGGGUAUCUCAUAGGGAUCUAUAAGGUUAUGGUGAUGCAGUAGUUUAUUUCUGCUUCAAAUAAUUGGUGAUAUGCUAGAUGAUUGUGGUGGUUGGGUUGUGUAGAAUAUGGUGUCAAGAUUUCAAGUAAAAAAAUCGAGGGAGUAUCUGAGAAGGAUAUGAUUUAUGAUGGUAUAUGUUUUGUAGUGGUAAUUUAAAAUUACUGAUAGCCUUAGAUAAUUGUAGUGAUUGAGAUGUGUAGAAUCAGGUAAUUCUCGGAUAUUAAUUUAAUUUUGUUGUGUUAGUGGAA